AUGUCAUUCGAUCGCUUGAACACCCUGGAGUCCCAGACUACCCCUCUCCGCCGUUCCGAUGAUCCCCAGUACCGUGAUGAUCCCGAAUUCCACCGUCUUACGGAGACCCUCUCCAAUCAGUUGUUCAACUUGACAUCGAAUAUCUCUCGCUUGUCGAACCAGAUCGCUCUCCUAGGGACAAAACGAGAUACAGAUCGCGUGCGCGAACGGGUACAUGAUCUGCUGGAGGAGACCCGCUCGGGAUUCAAAGAUGUGGGAGAUGGUAUGAAGAAAGUAACGGCAUGGGAAGAUGUUAAUCCCGCACAAAAAUGGACCCAGCAGAAGUUGUCCGCUGAGUUCAAGAGUACCCUGGAGGAAUUCCAGACCGUCCAACGUCGUGCUCUGGAGAAACAGCGAGCAUCCGCCGUUGCUGCUCGUACAGCCAUGGAUGAAGGCGAACUCCCCCCAGCAGACUCAGAGGCUCAACAGCAGCUACAGCAACAACAGUUGGAACAGCAACCCCGCCUUGCGAACCAAAACGAAGUGGACUUCCAGGAAACCUUGAUCAUUGAGCGCGAGUCGGAGAUCCGCAACAUCGAGCAAAGCGUUGGAGAACUUAACGAACUUUUCCGGGAUGUCGCGCAUAUCGUUAAUGAGCAAGGUAGUCAGCUGGACAUUAUUGGUGAGAACGUUCAGAAUGUCGGGUCCAAUACCCAGGGCGCGAAUUCCGAGCUUCGAAGCGCCAGCCGGUAUCAAAAGAACGCGCGGAACAAGGCAUGCUGUCUGCUCGUAAUUCUUGCCGUUAUCCUGGUUAUCAUUGUCUUAGCGGCAACCCUUGGAUAA